CACGAUCGGAUAAAAUGUGACAUGCAUGCAUGAUAAUUCCUCUGACACUAUUUGAAUUUCAUUUUUUGCAUUGUACGUCGGUUUCCUCCGAGAAGUAAGGAAAUUAUUUUGGAGAAUUACUGGUUAUCAUCGUCCCUGUAACGUGCUACAUCGAAUUUUACGUGGUUUCCGUGGAACUCGUAACCAUAAAUAUUAACUCAACACAAUGGGUAGCAGUGGCCAACUGUAUAGCCUCUCCUGGGGUGAAUUUAGUUCAUCUUUAGCCUCUGCUGUACAGUUAUUAAGAGGCCACGGUGAUUUGGUCGACGUUACACUGGCUGCUGGUGGACGUAGUUUUCCUGCGCAUAAAAUAGUUCUGUGUGCAGCCAGUCCUUUCCUAUUAGAUUUACUAAAGAGCACACCAUGUCAACACCCUGUAGUUAUGCUAGCUGGUAUAGGAGCGAAUGAUUUGGAAUCUUUAUUGGAGUUUGUGUAUCGUGGUGAAGUGAGCGUGGAGCCGUCUCAGUUACCUUCGCUCCUUCAAGCUGCACACUGCCUUUGCAUUCAUGGAUUAACACCACCUACUAUACUGACGGAAAACGGUGAGGAGGUGCCUGUGUCAGCGAUUCCAACGCCGAAUGAAGGUUUAUCGAAGGAAACAAUUAGCUCAUAUUUUCCACUGAAGCGAAGAAAGAAAAGAAGAAAGUCUUCGUCGUCUUCAGGGAAGUGGCCACGUAACGCUAGUACUGCCGACGAUGAAAAUAAACCCUCCGAUGGAAACGAUAAUAGUCGGUCAGCUAAUUACGAUCAUAAGGACGACGACAAUACGGAACAUGGCGACGAUACAACAAACGAUCGAUUGGAGUAUUCGAAUCACCGGAGCUGUCACUCACCUCGUGCUCAAGAGGCGCAGUCGGUGUCGGCCGAGAAUUCUCAAGCAGGAUUACAGCCCGAUCAAAUAUCGGACAACGAAUCGCACCUUCAUACUCUAAUGCCUAUGCAGCCGUAUUCGCCGCUGCAUAUACCGCAGUUCCCUGGACCACUGAGCAUGGGCUUCCCUCCUGGUAUACCGCUCCCGCUGGUUACUCAGAGUACGACUGCGGGAACAGUGUCUUGUGGACUGACGGGCAACAUGAAUCUGUCUAAAAUACGUGGCGCGUCCGAUUGUCCCGGUGUUUGUCCGCUUUGUGGUGCUACGUUACGACAAGCGAGGAAUCUACGCAGACACCUGUUAUCCUCUUGCAAAUAUCGAUUUAGUAGUAAUCCGGUACAGAGUUCCCCAGCCGACGCGAUGAUGAUAGAGAUAAAGCCCGAGGUCGAGUUGUCUAGUUACAGUGAGCAAUCGAUGACUUAUGGAACCGACAGUGGGAGCAGUACCUGUGAGCAAAUUAUUUGUAAGCCGAGUCCACUUCCCUCGCCGACAUCCCACGGGGCGAACGUUGUCUCGCCUCAGAACAAUGUUCCGUCGCCGACCAUCGCUAGAUGAACGUGCAGGAAGAAAUUGAAGGGAAAGAUUCGUGGAAUCGACCGAAAGCGUUCGAUUCUGUUGUUGUGAUUUAGAUAUUGCUUUAUUUCUUAUCUAUUGUUUCGAACAGUUACGUUUAUGUGUAUCACUAGUUUAAUGUAAGUGAAUGCAAUACAUUUUGUCUUAGUGUACUUACGCACAAUUUACGUUUAGAUUAUUAUUCUUAUCUAUUCAAGUUGCUUAAGGAAACAUGAACUGACGUUAUUUUGUAUAUAUAAGCUUGUCAGUUUUCACACUACUUGGAUAGUGUGUUUAGUAAUUCUGAUUUAUUAGUUUUUCCUUCGACGAUUUUAAACGAAGUUACGUAUUUAAGAUUACGUUAAACGACUACGCAAAAAUCUUCCUCGUUAGUAAAUAAGAACAGUAUCUUUAGGAUUAAUGGGAAUAGCAAUCGAUGAAAAAUUAAGUAUAGCAAAAGCGAUGAUGUAAGUACAGUAACUUUUUGCUAGGUAUCCGAGUAACGCGGAGCCUUAACUAUGUAAGUAGAAAGAUAGACCGAGGAAUCGUCGGUAAGUACGAGAAUCUGGAGAUUUUGCGAAGAAACUCCGUGUUACUAAGUACUUCUACAUUUUUGAUAUUAUUUAAAUACUUGCUUACCUAAUUACACUACUCUACGAUGAGUUUACAUAACAAAUACUGAAUUGCAAAUCUACGUAAGUAGUUUUUAGCAUUUCUUUUGUUGUAAUGGAAUUUUAAUUCUAAAUGAUUAUGUACAUCCAAGUAUUAAUAUGUAAUGCAUUGUAAUGUAUAUAUGAAUUGUCAUUAUCUCGUAAAAAUUAGAAAAGAAGUAACAGAGAAGUUUCAGUUCCUACCUAAAUGCAGUAGAACCUCGUGUUCCCGAAUCACUUCAAGGCAAGUGGUUAUUUGGGCGAAAAUAGGAUACGAAGGUCUAUUGUCCGAACGGCGUUCUUUCUCGGGCUGUCCGAGAUAAUCCUGGUUCUAUUGUGGUUUGUUCAGUUUUACGGCUUUCAAUCUCGACGUGCAUCGUCCACAAUAUAAAUAAUUUGAUAGGAGGUAAAGAAAUCGACAGCGUUUAAAUUAUAUUAACAAUAUACCUAAUUAAAACUAAGUAAUAACGUCGCUCAACGUGGUAGGAAUGUUUAUUUUAUUAUAGACUUUGUACAUUUAGAUAAAAAGUUUCUAUAGGCCAUAGCUGUCGGAGCUGUUUCUGCAAAUAUUUUUUGUAUAUCAUCUUUUUGUAUGUAACCAUUUAUUUAUAAUUACUAAUUGAUUUCUACGAAAUCGUGAUAUCGUGUCACGAUUACCGGCGAACGAAUCAGAACAAUAAAUGUGCUGAAUUAUAUCUAUGUCAAAGUUUGUUCAGUUUCAUCCGUUACUAUAACAAAAUCCUUUCUAUCUAUUAUUUGUAUGCGUUUCAUAGUUAACCGUUUGAAUCUCAGGAGUCAAAUUGAUCGAAAUUCGAGUACUUCUACAGGAAGCGUAAGAUUAAAGCUAUUGAAGCGGCAAAAAAAAUAUGCGAAGUGUACGGAGAAGAGGUCGUCUCAGUUCCUAUGGCGCAAAAAUAGUUUAAAAAGUUCAAUGAAGAACUUUUAUUUUAAAACACAUAUUUAUUAUUUAUCAAUAAAUUAAUUGUAACUAAUACGUAAAUAUUAAAUAACUUCUCAGAAGGUACAAAAGAAUGUAUAACAGUUGUAUGUAAAGUAUCUUUAUUGACGUCAAAAAAUUAUACAAACUGAAACAACAAAAAAACGCACGAACUUUUGGUUCACCCUAAUAUAAACUUUACAAAAUAGAUUAAAAAUCGCAGUUACAAUGCUUUUGUUUGUGAGAAGUUCUAUACUUAAAUGAAAUUAUUCUAAAUUAAAUCAUCGAGACUAUAGAGCUCGUCAGAUUUAGGUGAAAAUCGAUAAAUGAAGAGUCACGUUAAAUAUAAGAGCCCCUUAGAUAUCAAAGAAAUUCAUACAAGUCUCUGUGUUUAUUUCUAAGCUAAAGGGUUGAGGUGAAUAAUAAACAAGUCAGGUUUAGA